UUCAUUGAUCGUUUCCUCAACCAAUCAGAGCGCAGGGGCGGUGCAACUUGCCACUAGAUGCUAGAUUGACUUACACGAAGGAGAACUAGCACCGCGUGGAUCGCGAUCGAGCGGUGUUCGUUUGAUCAUGGAACACAAACGCGUCCGGAGAGUUUCCCCACAAAUGUUGUGACUACAGAAGAACACGCUUAAUUCCCAAAGACAUGGAGGAGCAUGUAGAGGAGAGACCAUGUGACAAAUGGAAGGGUGCCUGUGGUUUGUACAACUAUAGCUUAAAGAAUGUCUUCACAUGGCAACUGCUCAAAACUAUAGUCAUGGGCCAAGUCUUGUCCCUGCUCAUCUGUGGGACUGCAGUGAGCUGUCAGUACCUGGCUGAUUCUCAGGUGGAGACGCCCAUGCUGCAGAGCUUCCUCAACUAUGCCCUGCUGCUGCUCAGCUAUACCACCAUCCUCAGCACACGCAAAGGUGACAAAAACAUUCUUCAAAUCCUAAAAACUAAGUGGUGGAAGUAUUUGUUGAUGGGUCUGGCAGAUGUGGAGGCAAACUAUGCAGUUGUGAUGGCAUACCAGUAUACCACCCUGACGAGUAUACAGCUGCUGGACUGCUUUGUGAUCCCAGUGUUGAUGCUUCUUUCCUGGUUUUUCCUCAAAACUCGCUACAAGCUCAUCCACUUCUUAGCUGUGGUGGUCUGUUUGCUAGGGGUGGGGGCCAUGGUAGGGGCAGACAUCCUUGCAGGAAGGAAUCAAGGAUCUACCAGUGAUGUCGCGCUGGGGGAUGGUUUGGUUUUAAUCAGUGCCGUCCUCUACGCUGUAUCCAACGUGUGCCAGGAGCACACGGUGAAGAACUUGAGUCGCGUUGAAUUCCUGGGUAUGAUGGGCCUCUUUGGGACUGUCAUCAGUGGCAUACAGCUAGCUGUGCUGGAAACUCGCGCUGUAGCAUCAAUAAAGUGGGAUCUUCAUAUUUCCAUUCUGUUUGCAGUCUAUGUUGUGUGUAUGUAUGGACUGUACAGCUUCAUGCCUGUUGUGAUGAGGUUAACGAGUGCUACUGCUGUCAACCUCUCUCUCCUCACUGCCGACCUCUUCAGCCUCUUCUGUGGCCUCUUCCUCUUCCAGUACACGUUUUCAGUCCUCUACAUCGUCUCAUUUAUUGUCAUCACUGUGGGUUUCAUCAUGUUCAAUGCUGUUUCCACAUAUUCUGCUUUACCUGAAGACAACAGUACUGAAGUGUUGGCUGAUCACACAGCUCAGAGCUCCUCACACUACCUACUCACACCUAAUGGAGAUGCUCAGAGUCUCGAGCCGCUCACAGCCGUCGCUGCUCUAUAACUGGAACUGACUGGACAAAGAAAACAAGGCCUUUCAGAGUUUAUUUACUUUUUUAUUGUACUGUAGGUCAGUGGACCUCGUUGUUACAGAGGUUUGUUACAGAAGAACACAUUUUUUGCACUUGGCCAGUUGUUUGUUCAUAUGGCAAUUAAGAUCAUUCUUUAUUAACUGAUGAAGUAUCAUCUGUUACUGCACUUAAUGUCACAUGCUGUAGACAAAAAAACUGCCCCAGAUAUGAUCGUUCACUCAUCAGCUUUCAUUCUUUUUAUAUCAUAUUUAAUUAAGCAUCUGUUUACAAUCCAAUGUCUCAUGGACAAAGUUAAAUAUAGUUGUUUUUUUUAUUCAUUCGCCUCUGGUGCUGUUUUGGAACGUGUUAUUUUGUUAUAUGCCAAAUGUAAAGGCUCUCUGCCAAAACUAUAGUUUUAAUACUUUCAACUAAUAAACAUUUUUAUGUA